AAACCUGGAAAUGUCGUAAUUGAGUCACUUUCCCUUCUUAGCCUAACGGGAAUUUUUUCUCUUCCUGAUCGGCGCCCCAAGUCGACAAACAAGGGCAGAAAUGGCCACUUCAAACAGCAAAGGAAAAGUCACUAUUAUUGGCAGUGGGUUAAUAGGAAGAUCUUGGUCUGUGAUUUUCUCCAGUGCUGGUUUCACUGUUGCUCUUUAUGAUACAGUAGCCAGUCAACUGACUAAUGCAUUGACAAGUAUUGAGUCCCAGCUGCGUGAUAUGGAGAUGAAAGGCUUGAUGCGUAGUCCAGGCAUGACAGCUCAGGAGGCAUUUAAGUUAGUUACCAGCUAUGAUGAACUUAUAAAGGCAUUGGAUGGAGCUAUGUACGUCCAGGAAUGUACUCCAGAAAAUCUGGACCUGAAGAAGAAAGUUUUUGAAAACCUGGAUAAAAGUAUUACUUCUGAUGACAUGAUAUUAGCUAGUUCAACAUCAUGUAUAGUGCCUUCAAAGUUCACGGAAUCUCUGAAGCAUCGCAGUCAGUGUAUUGUAGCCCAUCCAAUUAACCCUCCAUACUAUGUACCAUUGGUAGAAGUUGUUCCAGCACCUUGGACAGACAGUAAAAUUACAAACCAGACAGUUGCUCUAAUGAAACAGAUCGGCCAGUCACCUGUUGUAACCAAGAAAGAAGUGAAUGGAUUUGUUUUGAAUCGUCUACAGUAUGCUGUCAUCAUGGAGUCUUGGAGAUUGGUAGAGGAUGGCAUUUGUUCGCCUGAAGAUAUCGAGACCGCAGUGACAGAAGGUCUUGGACUGCGUUACGCUCUGAUUGGCCCAUUUGAAACCAUGCAUCUAAAUGCCAAUGGAAUCAGAGAUUACUGUGAGAGAUACGGAGAAAAUAUUGUGCGUGUCUGCGAAGAAGAAGGGGGACCGCGGAAAUUAGCUGGUGAUACGUUGGACAAGAUUGAAAAGGUGUUUAAUGAAAGCAUUCCUUUAGAUCAACUAAAUGAAAGAAGGAAUUUACGAGACAAGAGACUAGCAGCACUGGCUCAGCACAAACAUCAAGAGAAAAGUGAGAGCGGUGCCAUGUGACGCUUCAAGACCUGACUAGCGUUACAAAAUCAGAAUUUUCUUGUCAAGCAAACUACUUUCCUGAAAAUCGUUCUUCCUGAAGUUGCAAUGAUUUUAUUCAAUAGCCGAGAUUUUUUUAAAGUGAUUCUAUUUUCCUUUUUCGCGACCUGUCAUUGUUUGAGAUUCACAAUGAUUUAUGAAAAACUCAUAAAUCGAAUUAGUGCUUAGGGUACUUUGUGCAUUUUGUAAUGAUAAGUCGAUUUUGUUUUACCGAUAUGGGGAGGGUCACUGAGUCGUCUCGGACAGAAUUAUUUUCGAAAAGCUGUUAGAAAAAUGAAAAGUUUUAACAAUGAUUAUUGUUGCGAAAUCCCAUCCUUUCUUUCCAACUUCUUUGCUCACAUUUGCGCACGCUAAGAUCGUCAGCUUAGCUUGCAUGGCAUUACAGUGUAUAGCAAAGAACGUAAUGCAGUUUGUUCAAAAACCUACUUUUCCUUUCGUCAUUGGCUGGGGUGGACUAGGUAAAAAACACACAUGGGAAGGAAUUAAAGAUCGCACCGUGAAAGAAAGGGAAAAAAAGGAAAAGGAAAUGAAAAGAAAGCAAAUAUAAAGAAAACAUUUACUGUGCUUUCGGCACACUAAAUUUUUAGGGAACAAAAAUGGAGACUUUUUUGAGUAAAUAUAAAAUGUAACUAGCUACCUCUAAUUAAUAAUUUAAAGUGAAUUUAACUAAUUUAGUAUCGCGAAAUCGUGCUUUAACUUACUUUUUGUCUGUCUAUUUUUGGAUGAAUGGAUGUUU